UGAAAAGCAAGCAUUACUUUACGACAGUGAUAACAAAAAGACAUAACGGAAAUAAAAUAAAAGAUAAAAAUAACAAUAUUGGGUGGAAUUGUUUCUGUAUCAUCAUGAUAUAAUAUUAUUAUCAUCAUCAUCAUACAGCAGUCGAUCCUUUUCUUCGCCAUCAUUUCCCCGCCCCUUUUCUCCGACUCCGACUCCACCGCUCCGCCGCCGCACCGCCGCCGUCCUCCUUCACAAUCACUAUCUCCCAUUCCUUUUCGAUUCGCCGCCAAUCACUUUCUCCGCACCGAUUAACUGGCGAUCGCAUCGUUUGCUAAGUCAAAAUUUCGAUUGCCACUGUCAAUUGUGUCCAUUUCUUUUCGCACCGUAACCGGCAUGCAGAACAGUGGCAGUCUUCCGAAGAGCAAUUCUUUAAGAACCCCUCAACAAUCACUUCGCCGUCUCAAUUGUUGUUCGCAAAUAUCAACGGGUCAACAAACAUCUCCAGUUGUGUUUCCUGAAAAACGUACAAAAACUAAGGCUUCUAGGCGAAAUGAUGUCAGCGCCAGCAGUGAUGACAUCAAGAAAACGAAGAGGGAGGAACACAGAAUCGAUAUUGGAGAUGAAAAAUCUGAUCUGUUGGGAUAUGAAGUUAUUUCCGGAAAACUAGUUUUGGAUAAGAGGAAAAACAUCAAAGCUGCUGAUGCACAAAGUUCAACGGAAAAUGCACAUCUAGAUACUGUUGAUGCUAAAUUAACAAGCAGAGCAUUUGUUUGGGGUUCUCAUGUUUUAAGUCUUGAUGAUGUCGUUUCUGUGUCCUACAACUAUGGUUUGAGACAUUUUAUUGUACAUUCAUACCCUCUAAAAAAGCGUUCAUACAUCUUGAAAUCUGGUAGAAGCAGGAAGGAUUUUUGCUUUUUGGCUUCGACUCCGGACGAAGCUUGUCAAUGGGUUACUGGGUUUGCAGAUCAGCAUUGUUUUGUGAAUUUUUCACAUAACCCUUUGGUUAAUGAUUUUUCUUAUUCACAUAUUAAAAGUAAAAGUCCACCCAGGAUGCUUGUCAUCUUAAAUCCGCGGUCCGGACGUGGUCGCUCUAGCAAAGUUUUCCAUAAUAUGGUUGAACCGAUCUUUAAGCUUGCAGGGUUUAAGCUGGAGGUAGUCAAAACAACAUCUGCUGGCCAUGCUAGAGAUCUAGCGUUCAGUGUUGAUUUUAGCACGUGUCCUGAUGGGAUUAUAUGUGUUGGAGGGGAUGGAAUUGUCAAUGAGGUUCUAAAUGGUCUUCUUUGCAGAGACAAUCAGAAAGAGGCAAUAUCAAUCCCAAUCGGUAUCAUACCCGCCGGCUCCGACAAUUCUUUAGUCUGGACCGUUCUUGGGGUUAGGGAUCCAGUUUCUGCUGCACUAGCAAUAGUUAAGGGUGGUCUGACUGCUACAGAUGUAUUUGCGGUUGAAUGGAUUCAGACCGGCGUUAUUCAUUUUGGAAUGACUGUGUCAUACUUCGGUUUCGUUAGUGAUGUGUUGGAACUUUCUGAAAGAUACCAGAAACGCUUUGGUCCUCUACGUUAUUUUGUUGCCGGUGUUCUCAAAUUCUUAUGCUUACCAAAAUACAGCUAUGAACUGGAAUAUCUACCAGCUUCUAAAGGGAGAAACUAUCUAGAACGACGAGCCUUAGCAGACAAAGAUGUAGUUGACAUGUCAGAUUUAUACACAGACGUCAUGAAGAGAUCAAAUACAGAUGGCAUCCCGAGAGCCUCCAGUUUAUCAAGUAUCGACUCCAUAAUGACACCUGGUCGGUCUGGACUUGAUAUGGAUACAACGUGUAGUAGCACCGAGCCGUCGGAUUAUGUACGGGCCAUUGACUCGAAGUCAAAACGUCUUUCGAGUGGAAGAAACAAUGUGACAUCUGAACCAGAAGUUAUUCAUCCUCAAGUGCCGCUUUCGUCAACUCCGAAUUGGCCGAGAACACGCUCAAAGUCAAGGGCUGAUAAAGGGUGGAGUGGGCUGACAUCAUCACAGGAUCCUACUAGAGCUUCAUGGGGAAACUUAGGAGCGAACGAUAAAGAAGAUAUAUCAUCAACAAUGUCCGAUCCAGGCCCAAUAUGGGAUGCGGAACCAAAGUGGGACACAGAGCCCAAUUGGGAAAUGGAAAACCCGAUUGAAUUACCGGGCCCACCAGAUGAUGUUGAAAGUGGAGAAAGGAGGGAAAGCGGGGUUAACAUGAAAGAAAACUGGGUAGUUAAGAAAGGAAAGUUUCUUGGUAUUCUCGUUUGUAACCAUUCGUGUAAAACCGUUCAAAGUUUGAGUUCUCAGGUGGUGGCACCUAAAGCAGAGCAUGAUGAUAAUACUAUGGAUUUAUUGUUGGUUCAUGGUACUGGAAGACUGAGGCUGUUGAGAUUUUUCUUGCUUUUACAGAUGGGCCGUCACCUUUCUCUUCCUUAUGUUGAAUAUGUGAAGGUCAAAUCGGUGAAGCUGAAACCAGGGAAAAGCACACACAACGGGUGUGGAAUCGAUGGUGAACUUUUUCGAGUCUCAGGUCAAGUUGUCUCAUCUUUACUUCCAGACCAAUGCAGGCUCAUUGGCCGCCCUCCAAGCAGCAAUGUGAAAUGACUAUUUUACCCCUCCAAAUGUGGAUCUGGACGAUUACCCUAAUCAUACCCCGUUCCACUGUUACAUAUCAGAGAUCUUUGUAUAAUUUGAUCUUUUGUCCUGUCUUCGGCUUGAUUUCUUGUUUCCCCUUACCGUUCGUAGUUUCUGAUCUUAUAUAUAUAAAUAUACAUAUACAUAUAUACAUAUCUUACUUUGUAUCUGCUGGUGCUUAGAUUGCAAUCUUUUUUUUUUCUGGAUGGAAACAACAUUUUGGAGUUGAUUUGAAUUGGCUGAUGUGUAUUGUAAAGCAUUAUGUAGAGUUGAACUUCUUCUUGUUUCCA